AUGGGGCAACUUGCCAGUGCAAAAAAUACUCGACUAGUUAUAGCCUUUCCAAGCGACACUAAGGCUAAUCCUAAGGCAUCUAUUAAUGUUGUGUCAUUGAGGAAUGAGAGACAGUUAGAAGAAGUCCCAUCGAAAAAGAGAAAGCAAGUAGCCUUUAAUGAAAAACAGGCCACCAUAGAGGCAGAAUCAGAAAAAGCAAAGGAGCCAGAGAAGCUAGUUGAAGAGGCGGUGAAAGUGAAGGAUAAUGCUGCUUAUAAGAAGUUUCUUGAUAUUUUGAAGCAGGGGCAAAUUAAUAUUCCGCUGGUAGACAUCUUGCAAGAAGUGCCCAAAUAUGGCAAAUACAUCAAAGACAUAGUGGCAAAUAAGAGGAGGUUGGUCGAGUUCGAGACUGUGGCACUUACCGAAGAAUGUAGCUCAAGAAUUCAAAGCAAGCUAUCUCCGAAAUUAAAGGAUCUAGGUAGUUUCACUAUCCAAUUCUCGAUUGGAAAGCACGCAGUUGGGCGAGAUUUGUGUGAUCUUGGGGCAAGCAUCAAUUUGAUGCCUAUAUAUGUUUUCAGACAGUUGAGGUUGGGUGAGCCGCGCCCAACUACGACGAUUCUACAGUUGGCUGAUCUCUCCCUUGCUCAUCGAGAAAGGGUGAUUGAAGAUGUGUUAGUUCAAGUAGGUUCAUUAAUAUUUCCUACUGAUUUUAUUAUCUUGGACUAUGAGCCUGAUCAGGAAGUCCAGUUUAUUUUGGGGCAUCCAUUCUUAGCCACGAGUAGAGUUAUUAUUGAUGUAUGUGAAGGAAAGAUGAUAAUGAGAGUGGGUGAUCGAGUGGAGGUAUUCAAUGUUUAUAAAACACUCAAAUUAUCAGCCCAUGAUGAAAAGCUAUCCAUGAUCUCUGUGGUGGAAAGUGAUGUGACUUCAUUGGUGCCUUAUAUGAGCCCCAUAGAUCCUCUUGAAUGA